UCUUGAGAGUCUCCGUCAAAUUUCUCCCACACUGAGACUACGAGUGGAUCCAGAAACAUCAUUAAGUGUGACAUCACGCAUCUAAAGAAACAGAAUCAUUCGCCUGUGCAGUUAAAUGAUCAAAUUAAGACAUUUUGCAAUAGAAAAACUAUGGCCGCCGGUGAGGAAUCGUGUAGCGAUGUGAACUCCGGUGACGAAUUAAAUGAAGACGAAAAUCUGGAAUACGCGACUGACUGUGAUAUGGAAUCCGGAGAUAGCCCAGAGCAAGCGAACGAAGAUAACAAUCAGGCCUUUGAAGUUCUUUCCACAGAACAAACUGUCCAACAUAUGGUCAAUUCUAUUAGAGAAGUAAACACAGUCGUGGGCAUUCCAGUGACGACAGCGCGGAUUUUACUCAAUCACUUCAAGUGGGACAAAGAGAAGCUAAUGGAACGGUUUUACGAUGGAAAUCAAGAAAAACUGUUCGAGAAUGCACGAGUUAUAAAUCCUUUCAAACAUGGCCCAACAGGUGACCAACCUUCUCAAUGUUCUUCGAAGAGAUGCACGUCGAAGACUGAAAAAGAACAGUGUGAAAUCUGCUUCAGUACUUUAACAAAGCAUAUGAUGACUGGAUUGGAGUGCGGACAUCGUUUUUGCAUUGACUGUUGGGACGAAUAUCUAACAACAAAAAUCAUGGAAGAAGGCGUCGGUCAAACAAUUUCUUGCGCAGCACACGAUUGUUCAAUCUUGGUUGACGAUGCAAGUGUUAUGCAACUCCUUAAACACCGAAAGGUUAAGCUGAAAUACCAGCUUCUCAUCACAAAUAGCUUUGUCGAAUGCAACAGACUGUUGACAUGGUGUCCAGCUCCAGACUGUAGCAACGCAAUUAAGGUUCAAUACCCUGGAUUUCAAAGUGUAACUUGCAGAUGCGGACAUACCUUCUGCUUCAGCUGCGGACUAAACUGGCACGACCCGGUAAAGUGCGAUCUUCUGCGAAACUGGAUCAAGAAGUGUGUCGAUGACUCGGAGACGUACAACUGGAUCUCAGCGAACACUAAGGACUGUCCUAAGUGUAAGGCGGUAAUCGAGAAGAACGGAGGAUGCAAUCGUAUGUUAUGCACAAACGGGAGCUGUAGACAAGACUUCUGUUGGGUGUGCUUAAAAUUCUGGAACACUCAUACAGGAAACGCUUACAAUUGUAACCGCUACGAUGGCGAUAACCAAGAACUGAAAGAAAAGUCUCGAAUUUUUCUUGAGCGGUACUUAUUCUACUACAGCCGCUACAUGAAUCACAUGCAGUCUCUCAAAUUUGAGCACAAACUCUACGCCAGCGUUCGGCAAAAGAUGGACGAGAUGCAGGAGCAUAGUAUGGCCUGGAUCGAGGUGCAGUUCCUCAAUAAAGCUGUGGACAUUCUCUGUCUUUGUCGGCAAACACUGAUGUACACGUACGUCUUCCCGUAUUAUUUGAAAAAAAAUAAUCAGACUGUGAUCUUCGAGAACAACCAACAAGACCUGGAAAGAGCGACAGAGUGUUUAUCUGAGUAUUUGGAACGAGAUAUUACCAGCGAGAAUCAUAUUGACAUUAAACAGAAGGUUCAAGACAAGUACAAAUAUUGCGCUAGUCGCAGGGAAGCACUUCUGAACCAUGUACAUGAAGGUUACGAGGAAAAUUGGUGGGACCACUUGUAACAAAAAUCUAAAGGAAUAUCGAAGGCAUCCACAGCUGUGAUAAACCCCAAAUGUCCAUACAACGUAAAGGUCGAAUAACAAGUGAGUUACAAAGAGAAGCAAUAGGACUAGAAACAAUGCAGAAAAUUCAGAUUUUGUACAACACUUUUUGUCGAAAUACCUGACGCGUUUCGAAUCUAUGCUUAUUUUGAAACCCAAUUUUAUCGCUAUCAUUAAAAAGCGACAAGCCAAUUUCACCAGAGUUUCAAGCAAUUGUAAUCUUUAAAUUCACGCCCCGAAACUGAAGAGAAGUAUCAAAUUUCGGUAGUUUAGGGUUCAGAACAUGGCUGUUUGUUUAGUUAUUGUACAUUGCUAAGUGUUAAUUAAAGUAUUUUUUGUAGUGAAGUACCGAGGAAUCAAAGCUUAGAGUAAAUAACGUCUACGCGGAAAUAGAUGAGUCAAUAUUUGUAAUAUUUUCUCAUUUUUAACGAAUCGUUAGAAUAAGUUUGUUCUAAUUUUAUAAAGAAAUUAAUUGUAUUAACAUAAUUAUAACUGGAUGCCUUUAUGUUGAAAGAAACUCUCAUGAAGAGUACUUCUAAAACGGCCACUCCAGUGUUUGUUGUCUAAACAAACCACUCUGCUUUUUGGGAUUUUCCUUUAAUUCACUUGAAUUCUUCAGAGUUCUGCUGAAUUUCUUAAAUUCAGAAGAUUUCAAUAAUUUAGAAGCAUUUUGUUCAAUUCAAAAUAAUACAAAGAACCAAAGAAAUUCAAGUGAAUUAAGAAUAAUUAGAAGUAAUAUACACGAGAGUGUUAGUUUUAGACUUAUACUGCGAAAGAGGUCCUUUUAACACAGAGGGAUCGAAUAAUAAUAUGUAACACUAUAUUAUUAUAAGUUAAUAUAAAUUUCGAACCAGUCUUAUUUAUAUUUUUCUAAAUGGAAUGAUGGGAGAUUUACCUCCCAGUGAAGUAAUCGUGACAAAUUUAAGAGAUCACGUCAAUAUUUUCUCAAUGUGCCUUGUGAUUUAUGAAUAAAAGUGCCAUGCAAUCAAAA